UCUUUUCAGUGUGAAGAGAGAUUUGGAGAGAGAGAGAGAGAGAGCCCAGAGCCCAGAGGCAAAAAGUCAAGGCCAACAUUUCCUGUGUGGUGUGCAAGGGGAUCCGAGUAGCCUGUGGCCAUGGGACAAGCUCUGGGUAUCAAGAGCUGUGACUUAAAAGCAGCAGAAAACAAUGAGGAGCACCACACCAAAGCCCUCAGCUCCCGGCGCCUGGUUUUGAGGAGGGGACAGUCCUUCACUAUCACCCUGAACUUCCGUGCCCCAGUCCACAAAUUUCUGAGUGCCCUGAAGAAAGUGGCUCUCGUGGCACAAACCGGAGAACAGCCUUCCAAGGCCAACAAGACUCAAGCCAUAUUCCCGAUUUCCUCUUUGGGGGACCGAAAAGGAUGGAGUGCGGCAGUGGAAGAAAGAAGUGCCCAGAACUGGACCAUCUCCGUGACCACACCCGUGGAUGCUGUCAUUGGCCACUACUCACUCCUGCUUCAGGUUUUAGGCAGGAAACAAUACCCUCUGGGCCAGUUCACGCUGCUCUUUAAUCCCUGGAAUAGAGAUGACGCCGUGUUUCUUCAGAAUGAGGCUGAACGCACUGAAUACUUACUGAAUCAAAAUGGCUUUAUCUACCUGGGCACUGCUGACUGCAUUCAAGAGGAGCCCUGGGACUUUGGUCAGUUUGAGAGCGAUGUCGUGGACCUCAGUCUGGACUUGCUGAGCGUGGACAAGCAAGUGGCGAAGUGGAGCCAGCCUGCACAUGUGGCCUGUGUGGUGGGCACCUUGCUGCAUGCUCUCAGGAAGAAGAGUGUCCUGCCUAUUUCACAGACCCACGCUGCCCAGGAUGGGACCUUCCUAUACAAGCAACGGGGCAGUGUGCCCGUACUGCGGCAGUGGCUCACUGGCCAAGGACGACCUGUGUAUGAGAGUCAGGCCUGGGUGUUCCCUGCUGUUGCUUGCACAGUGCUACGUUGCCUGGGAAUCCCAGCACGCGUCGUUACCACAUUUCCUUCAGCCCAGGGUACCCGUGGGAGCCUGCUGGUGGAUGAAUACUACAAUGAGGAGGGGCUCCAGAAUGGAGAAGGACAGAUGGGCCGUAUCUGGAUCUUCCAAACUUCUGUAGAAUGCUGGAUGAACAGACCUGAUUUGUCCAAGGGUUAUGACGGAUGGCAGAUUCUGUACCCAAGAGCUCCUAACGGAGUUGGAGCCCUAGGAUCCUGCAGUCUGGUCCCAGUCAGGGCAGUCAAGGAGGGGGAACUGCAGCUGGAUCCAGCGGUAUUAGAUCUUUUUGCUGCGGUAAACGCCAGGUGUGUGGUCUGGAAGAGCUGUGAAGAUGGAACCCUGGAACUGACCCAGUCCAGCAAAAAGAACGUGGGUGACAGCAUCAGCACCAAGGUCGUGGGCAGUGACCGCUGUGAAGACGUCACCCAGAACUACAAGUAUCCUGAAGGGUCCCCUGAAGAAAAAGAGGUCCUGGAAAGAGUCCAGAAAGAAAGAAGGAAACGCUGGAAAGACAAAAGCAUGUGUCCUCCAAGUCCUGAGCCUGCUGACCCUCUGUACCUGUUCUUGGACACACCUCGCUCUCUCCCUUUGAGAGGGAAUGGCCAAGUCUCAGUGACCCUGAUUAACCCCACCGACCAGGAGAAGGAGGUUCACCUGGUGAUUAGGGCCCAGGCUGUGUACUACAAUGGAAUCUUUGCUACCGAUCUCUGGAGGCAGAAACAAUCCUUCAGGCUUAGAACCAACCAAGUGCUGAAAAUAUCCACCACCCUGUCCUUCUCCAAUUUUGUGCAAGACCCACCGGAGAACAGCUUCAUCAGAGUCACAGCCAUGGCAACACACUCUCACGCCAGCCUCAGCUGCUUUGCUCAGGAAGAUGUAGCCAUUGGCAGACCGAAUCUUAUCAUCAAGAUGCCAGAGAGAGCAGAACAGUACCAGCCUCUCACUGUCACAGUCAGUAUGAAGAACUCCUUAGACUGCCCUAUGCAGAACUGCAUCAUCUCCAUCCUUGGAAGGGGACUCAUUCAUAGAGAGAAGCGAUAUAGGUUGGGUUCCGUGUGGCCAGGGAGCUCCCUGUGUACUCAAUUCCAGUUCACACCGACGCAUCUGGGGCUCCAGAGACUUACUGUGGAAGUAGACUGUGACGUGUUCCAGAAUCUGACAGGCUACGGAAAUGUCCUGGUGAUGGCUCCCCAAGUGUCUGCUUAAACCCCAAACUACCUUCUAAAGCCAGACAUGCUCUGGAGGGAACCUCUGCCUGUCAGACAAAUGGGCACCAAAAACCAAGUUAGACUCACAGAAACCAAAAUCUAUUUUUGUUAUGCCAACUUAAGGCAGCCAGAAACACUGUCUUAGAAUAAACCACUGUGCAUUAGUGACAAAACAGGCCUUGAAAAGACUCUCACAUCUUUAUUUUUUUGUUUUUGUUUGUUUGUUUUUGUUUUUCGA